CAUGGUGCCUGUGGAGACAAUGUGACUGAGGGUCUACUUCUGGCCAGACCCUCGCCUGCCAGCCUUAGAAGGGAAGGCGGAGAAGUGGACCGUGGCUGCCUCCACUGCACAGCUCCAAGCUGAGUCUGGCUCCCAGUCCCGCUAGAGCGACAUGAUGGUGGAAUCUGCCUCGGAGACAAUCAGGUCAGCUCCCUCUGGUCAGAACGGCGUGGGCAGCCUCUCCGGGCAGGCCGAUGGCAGCGGUGGUGCUGGGGCUGCAGGCGCUGCUGGAGGCGGUGCGGGCAGGGACGCAGCUGCGGGCGCCGACAGCAACGGCGAGAUGAGCCCUGCGGAUCUGCUGCACUUCCAGCAGCAACAGGCUCUCCAGGUAGCCCGGCAGUUCCUGCUGCAGCAAGCCUCGGGCCUGAGCUCCCCCGGGAACAAUGACAGCAAGCAGUCAGCCUCUGCGGUGCAGGUGCCCGUGUCGGUGGCCAUGAUGUCGCCGCAGAUGCUCACCCCCCAGCAGAUGCAGCAGAUCCUGUCGCCCCCACAGCUGCAGGCCUUGCUCCAGCAGCAACAGGCGCUCAUGCUCCAGCAGCUGCAGGAAUAUUACAAGAAGCAGCAAGAACAGCUCCACUUGCAGCUCCUCACCCAACAGCAGGCUGGGAAGCAGCAACCCAAAGAGGCUCUGGGGAACAAGCAGCUGGCCUUCCAGCAGCAGCUCCUGCAAAUGCAACAGCUGCAGCAGCAGCACCUGCUCAACCUGCAGAGACAGGGGCUGGUCAGCCUGCAGCCCAGCCAAGCCUCGGGGCCCCUCCAGACCCUUCCACAAGCUGUGUGCCCAACAGACCUGCCCCAGCUGUGGAAGGGUGAGGGUGCCCCCGGGCAGCCCGCUGAGGACAGUGUCAAGCAGGAGGGGCUGGACCUCACUGGCACGGCCACCACCGCUACCUCGUUUGCCGCCCCCCCCAAAGUCUCACCCCCGCUCUCCCACCACACCUUGCCCAACGGACAGCCCACUGUGCUCACACCUCGGAGAGACAGCUCCUCCCAUGAGGAGACCCCUGGUUCCCACCCUCUCUAUGGACACGGAGAGUGCAAGUGGCCUGGCUGUGAGACCCUGUGUGAAGACCUGGGCCAGUUUAUCAAACACCUCAACACGGAGCACGCCCUGGACGACCGGAGCACGGCCCAGUGCCGGGUGCAGAUGCAGGUGGUGCAGCAGCUGGAGAUCCAGCUGGCCAAGGAGAGCGAGCGGCUGCAAGCCAUGAUGGCCCACCUGCACAUGCGGCCCUCCGAGCCCAAGCCCUUCAGUCAACCACUGAACCCAGUGUCCGGCUCCUCCUCAUUCUCCAAGGUGACCGUCUCUGCAGCAGACUCGUUCCCAGAUGGCCUCGUGCACCCCCCCACCUCAGCUGCUGCCCCUGUCACCCCCCUAAGGCCUCCAGGCCUGGGUUCUGCCUCCCUGCACAGCGGGGGCCCCGCCCGCCGGAGGAGCAGCGACAAGUUCUGCUCCCCCAUCUCCUCAGAGCUGGCGCAGAAUCAUGAGUUCUACAAGAACGCAGACGUCCGGCCCCCCUUCACCUACGCCUCCCUCAUCCGCCAGGCCAUUCUGGAAACCCCCGACAGGCAGCUGACCCUGAAUGAGAUCUAUAACUGGUUCACCAGGAUGUUCGCCUAUUUCCGGAGAAACACUGCCACCUGGAAGAACGCCGUGCGGCACAACCUCAGCCUGCACAAGUGCUUCGUGCGUGUGGAGAACGUCAAGGGCGCCGUGUGGACCGUGGACGAGCGGGAGUAUCAGAAGCGGAGACCGCCAAAGAUGACGGGGAGCCCCACCCUGGUGAAGAACAUGAUCUCCGGCCUCAGUUACGGAGCACUUAAUGCCAGCUACCAGGCUGCCCUGGCCGAGAGCAGCUUCCCCCUCCUCAACAGCCCUGGCAUGCUGAACCCCGGCUCCGCCAGCAGCCUCCUGCCCCUCAGCCAUGACGACGGGGGUGCCCCCGGGGAGCCGCUCCCCAGCAAUGGCAGCAGCACCCCACCUCGCCUCUCCCCACCCCAGUACAGCCACCAGGUGCAGGUGAAAGAGGAGCCCGCCGAGGCCGAGGAGGACAGGAGGCCCGGACCCCCGCUGGGACCCCCCAACCCCAGCGCCGCGGGGCCUGCCGAGGACAGGGACCUGGAGGAGGAGCUGCCUGGAGAGGAACUCUCCUAAGGGCCUCGAGGGGCAGGCAGGACGGGGUGAGACCCCUCCUGGAACCCAGGCCCCUCUUACCCCCACUCCACAGCCCCGCCCAAACCUCAAGGCACUUCCAGGACUCAGAUGGGGGCUGGGCCAGCAACUCCCAGUGUGGCCUGACUGACAGACACUGGGCAGGGACGUCCCGCCCCCCCAAGGGGAAACAGAACCCCUGAUCUGGGACCGCAGAGGACACGGAGGGCCCAGGCCCCUCCUCACACCCUCCCCGCCACCAGCAGCAGCAGCAGCAGCGCCCUCCUCCCCCACCAGCUCUCCCGACAGGGCCUGCAGCCACACGGAGACCCGCAGGCGGGGCGAGCCACCCCAGACCCAGGGCCCCUCGCACCUGGCGCUGGCGGCGUUCUUCUAGCCAGAGGCCCGCACUUCCCUCAUCUGUGCUCCCCCCACCUUCUCCAUACUGUGAAGAAAAACUUCUCCACCCUCAUGCCCACCCCGCCCUGGCCGGGCGGAGGAACUGAAGUUGCCAACCACCCCCAGAAGAAACCAGCCCCUCGCACGCCCACCCGGAGCCACAGCUGGGCCCUGCGGGGCCCCUGGGAGCAGGGCCACUGGCUGUAGCCCCUCCUCCUGACCUGAACUGGGACCCAGGCUGACUGGCCUCUGCCCAUUGCUGGCCGCCCGCCCGCCAUCCAGGGAGCACAGGAAGAGGCCCCGUGCCCCGUGCCGCCCCCGGAGAGUCCCUGCCAGGCGGACUUCUGGACGCGGGGCCCAGGAAGGGAGCCCAGCCAUCCCGGAGGCUGGCGUCGGGGCUGACGUGGUGCCCGCCGCCUGUCACGGGACUGACUGGUGGGGUUAGUUUGGCGGCUGCUGGGACCCAGCAGGUCACCCCGCCCCAGCCUCCAGGGCCCCCUUGCAGCCCUCCCUUGCCCUCCCUCGGCACCCCUCCCCUUCCCCCCAGUUAAACGGAUGACCAAAGACCUUUCUUAUGCCAGAAGCAAAAACCAAAACUUUUUGUUGGCUUUUUCCUUUGUCGCCUCCUCCACCCCCUGCUCCUCUGCUCCCCACCCAGCCCCAGGCUGGGAGCCUCCCUCCACUUAAGUUAUUGUUUUAAACCAAAGUUUACAGUGUCUGUUGGUGGCCAAGACCCUCUCCCUCCACCCCUUCCCCACCCACCCUGAGGACCCUGGGACUCGGCAGGGGCUGGGGCCCUGCUCCCCUCCCCUCUGCUCAUGCCCGGCCUGGGAGAAGGAGAGGGCAGGGGGGAGGAGGGCCGCCCUUGGCCCCGCAUCCCCUCGGGCACUGGGCGCAGAGCCCUGGUCCGCCCCUGGACUGCUUCCUGGGGGCUCUCCAGACCCCUCUUUAGGACCAAGUCCCCGUCACGCUGGGAGUGUGGAUUCCAGCCGAGGAGCUGGAACACGGGACACUCCCCACAGACCCCCUAUGGGGGUCCCCGACCGAGGCCGAGGACUGGGUGUGCUGGACGCUCGCAACACCCAGGCCAGGCCCCUUUGCUGAGAAGACUCCUUGGACUAUUUCCCAAGAAAUCCCCACAUGCACCCCUUCACAGCACCCCUCCCGACAGGCAGGGGCCCGCCGCCCCCGCCCCGUGUACUCCCCACCUGUGUUUCGUUUGACCAGCACAGAAAUAUUAAACGUCCUCUAUACA